UGAUCUCCCGUUACAGGCUCUUCGAUGUUUUAAAAGCGUGUUGGGGCGUAUUCACUAAUAUUUCUAUCCAAGUUACGUUUACUUUUAGUGUUUUCGUAUAUAUAUAUAAUUAUAUAUAUUCUUUUUCAAAAUGAAAUUGAAACCCAUAAUCACAAUUAAUUUGACGAUCUUGCUUUAAAUAUGACAUUGUUUCAUAAGAGUUCCUGGAUAGGUUGUCAGCUUUUGUGACACUUGAGUUCGUCUGCUUUUAGUACUUGCGCUUCUUGGUCGAAUGCUCAUUAUGAUCAUACCAAGGAUGUGUAUACGAUAUUAGUUCGUGAUCAUAGUGAAAUUUGUGUGGGUUGGUUUAAUAGUUUUUAGAGUUUGGAGCAAAAAACACGCUUCGUAUGGCUUUCAUAUUAAUAAGCGCAUUUGGUAAAGGAAGAGUGUUGCUCUGUCCUCCGCUGUUGUGGGUAUACGUAUACCUCCGGAUGUGAGGGUGCACGGACCUAUGAUCGAUGUUUGGACAAAACACGGUAUCAUGCGGAGAAUACACUGGCGCGUUCUUCAGUUUCCUAAACGCCUUGUAGCUGUAUUGAACAGAAAGAUGGAUUUUUGUCGACUUUUAUCAUCCACACUUAUCUACAAUCAUUUUACCUCGUGGAACACAGUGAUCGACACAGCCAUGGAACCAAUGUUUUGGAUUGUUGAUCACUUCACCACAUACAUGGGGCCAAUCAUGGUGACUAUGGUAGUCAUUCUGACAACAUUAGUGGUGACAGUUUUCUAUGUUUGUGUGCUGCCACAUAUCUACUAUCAGACAGAGCUUUUUUGGGUACUGGUACAUCUGGUCUUCUCCCAUUGGCUUCUCAUCAACAUCAUCUUCAACUAUUUCAUGGCUUCUUUUACAGUUCCGGGCCACCCUCCACAGACUGUUCCACAAACAGUUUCUAUUUGUAAGAAGUGUAUAUCGCCAAAACCACCACGUUGUCAUCAUUGUUCAGUGUGCAAACAAUGCAUUCUUAAGAUGGAUCAUCACUGUCCAUGGCUUAACAAUUGUGUUGGUUUCCAUAACCACCGAUACUUCUUCAUGUUCUGUUUUUACAUGUGGUUUGGCACGGUGUAUGUCACAUUUGCAGGCCAUGAUGUCUUCAAGCAGCAUUUUUUUGGUAGAGAGGAACUGAUAGUGCCAGCAUUUUUCUUUCCAGUUAAUAUGGCCUAUAACAGACUUUUUGGGACAGGGGACAAGCUAUCACAAAAAGCAGCUGAAGAGGGUACUGAACAAGAAGCAGCCAUAGACUUAUCAACUAAAGUUGCUUAUUCAGACAUGGGAUUUCACAAUGCUGUCAUCUUCCAGUUCAUGCUGUGUGCAGGCGUGUCUGUGGCACUAGGACUUCUCACACUGUGGCAUGCACGCCUCAUUAGUCGGGGGGAGACUAGCAUAGAGGCACACAUCAAUGCCAGAGAGAGAAAACGCUACAAAAAGAAGGGCUUGGUCUAUAAAAAUCCUUAUGAUUUUGGCUUUUUAGGCAACUGGAAGCGGUUCUUCGGACUGACUCAGGGGAGAACAUUUUGGCGACAUAUUCUGCUGCCAUCAAUGCAUGAUCCUCCAGGGGAAGGUUUAAUUUGGGAGACAGCUACUUACAAGCUGUGUUACAAGAAUGUAAAAGAACUAGACAUUUUAUGACAGAAAUUGAAAGUUCAGUAACACUUCUUCCAAGAAAAGAUAUGCAUGAUCUCCCAUUUUAAUCAGCAUGAAAGUUUCUGUAAAAUAGUUCAUUUCAUAACUUAAAGGUCAAAUGGGCAGAUAUUUUCAAAUUGAUUCUGCUGUUUAUGUACCAUACACCUUAAAGCAAAGCUUAUGAUGAUGAUGAUGAUGUAGUUUUAUAGCGCGCUAGUAUCCGCAUCACAAAGAUGCGCUCAAUGCGCGGUGAUCCCAGCUUACAAAGAUUAGUAUUUUUAAAAGUGAUGAAUGGAUAUCUUUCUAAAGCAUAGUGUUGUAAAUUCUAUGUAUAUUCUAUCUGGAUAUAUUUUUCUCCAGUUAACAUUUAUCCAAUUCAUUUUCAGGCUUUUGACAAUUUUGAGAAAAAAUAUGAAAAUGUGUAAUCAGGUUAAUUUCAAGUGGUACGUUGAUAAUAUCUUUCUAAGUUGUUUUAAAAUGGUUAUAAUUUAGAAAUCUUGAGAAGAAAAAUGUGAUUGGCAAACUUUAGUCAUGUCUUCCUUUGUGAUUUAUUUGUCUUCAGUAGAUAAUUUUAUCCUUAAAAACUAGCCUUGGAAGAAAAAUAGUAGGCAGGAUAAUCUGAAGUACACAUAAAAAAUUUUGUUGUCUUCUUAAGUGUGUUCAUUAUUGAUAAUUGCUUCAGGUAUAAGAGUCUACAACAUAUACAUAUAUAAAUUAUUCAGGACUGAAAGUUCAGAAAUGCUUUUUAUUGGAAGGGAAUUUUGUUUUUGUAAAUGUUGGGUAUGUCUUGGUAGCAACUUUUGUGUGGUAUGUUUUCAGUGUCAUAUCCAUAUUGUUGACAAGCAUUUUUUAAGAAAACUGAAAAAUGAUGAUGUGAAGAAGCUAUUGUUUAAAAAGCAUCAAGAUUUUUUUUAAAUUGUCGACAUGUCAUGACUAUUUUUAAGAUGUCACAGUAUGAUUCCAAUAAGCUUUGUAAAGUGUGUGUUUUUGUUUUUAUAUAAAUCCACUUUAUUAUUAAAAUGUGUUUAAGACAAUGGGGAAAAUACGUUCCAAUCAAUAUUAUUUCCAUCUUGUACAAUGCUUCAGACUGUCGGAUGUCAACUUUAUUUUUGAAGUGGUUCUCAAUUAUGUUUCUCAUUUAUGGAUUUAUAAUUAUGGUAUCAAACCAAUUAUGGUUUUAUAAAUCAAGACUUUUUUGAGAUAAUACUGUCAACCAUUCACUUAAUGAGAUUGGAGUAAGGGACUUGGAGAAUUUUGGUACUGUUAAUUUUAACUCUCUUCUGCUAUCGUACUGAGGUAAACAAAUCUUUACUUUCCAGACUGCAACCAUCAGUCUCCCAGGACAGAUGGGGAGUGUAAAUAGUUGGAUAUUAGGAAGCAUAAUGCAGAUGUUUAUAGAUACCUUCAUCUCACCACCUUGUCUGUCUCCCAUCAGAGUGUAUGUCUGUGUGUGCCUGAGCUAAAACUCAGAUAUAAAUCAGUGCUGUGAUAAAGUAAAUUGUAAGCCAAGAGAUUUCUUAAGUCAGAUGUGUUGAUUCAGAAAUGGUGAAGUCUAGAUGUUUCAUGGAUUUUUCAAGCACCUUUAACAUGGUCCAGCUACUUCUUGAUCUGGAAGUAAAUACCACCAGUCUAGUUUUAUGGAUCAGAUCAUUUUUGAAGAACCAACCACAGAGGGUGGGUCUCAGAGUUCCACUGACAGGUACUGUAGGGUCUAGCUUGUCUAAAAGGGUGGAUUUCUCAGUGAAAUGAAAUACUUCUGAGUUCUCCUCACCAUGGGUACCCCAUAGGAGUGUGUGCUUUCCCCAUACUGUGUACUGAACUUCCCUUAUGUCCCAGCUAGAAAAUUCUGCUCUUCGUCUGAUGAUCAUCUUCUUACUGUUCCUAUCACCAGGACAAUAACAUAUUGCCACAGGAUUUUUAGUUAUUGUGCAGGCCUAUUCUCACACUGCAAUGUUAGUACUGUUUAUUCCUUUAUAGCUAUGUUGUUUUCCUGUCCCUUGGUGCUGUCCAUGUUUUGUUCGUGUUCUUAAGCGCUAAGAGCAUACUCCUUAGGGGUGUGAGUAUGCGCUUUACAAAGUUUGCAUUUAUUAUUAUUAUCCAAAUAAAAUUUUUGGUACACUACAGCUAUCACUUUCUGACUUGUGCCCCAAUGCAGUCAAAAAGAUGGUGUAUAAUAUCUCGGAACACACACAUUGUUAUCUGCAGAAACCGCAAUUAAAGCCACAAUAAAUA